UAUGAACAGUGUCUUCCAAUAGCACUUUCUAAAGGUCAACAAAAGUCAUGCCUUGGUGCCAAUAAUUCAACCAGUUGUAUUUAUUCUGUUGAUACUGGUUAUACCCGAACAUUGAAUGACAAAGUUUGUUUCAAGAUUACAGAUGACAAUUCCAUUGUUGAUAUUACACUUGGAAUGGAUUUUAUUGUUAAAUUAUCAUCUUCUAGUUGUUAUUAUACAGAUGAUCCAAUUCCAAGAUAUACUUCUGCUUGCUCAAAAAGCAAUGUUUGUUCUCCACCUGAUUUUACAGGUAAUAACUAUUUGAACACCGUUUCUUUUAGUAUUCCAAACACUGACCCAGGUUAUAGUACUUCUUGUUAUAAUUUGGCAUUUGAAGCUUUUAGACGUUUCAAAGUUUGUAAAUUGGAUCCUCCUACCUAUAGCGGUUUUAUUACUGUUAAAUAUCAAGGAAGUUCUUCUCAAGUUUCAGUUGUAAAUAAUCAAGCAUCAAUUCCAAUUGGUUACACUGGUUUAAAUUUCAUUAUGGAUUUAAAUUCAACUACCCUUCCAUUUGUUGCAGAUUAUUCAGUUAUUGAUUUAACAUCUAAAUCAGAUUUUUACUUACUACCUUCUUCAGUAGUAAAUGGUUUUAACGUUUCUGAUAUUUCAAAGAUUGGUUGGAUUAAGGUCAGCAAUAUUAAAAACAGUGAAAUCAAAUAUAAUUGUCAAUCACCAAGAGGUAGUUGUAAUUUUGAUGUUACACUUCCUGAACUCUCAGAAAUUCAAUCAAUGGUACACUUUUCAACUGGUUGUGAAAGUUCCCCUGCUUAUACUGUAGCUUCUUUUGAUAAUGCCUCUAUUACUAGACGUAUUUUAGAGGCCCAUGCUGCAAGUAGAGCUUCUUUCUUGGCCAAAUUUGCCGAAUAUUCAGAUUUGAAUUUACAAGCAUCCAUCAUUGCUUCAAAGGAUGUAUUUCACAUGCCAUUAGUAGGCCUGAAAAUAUUCUAG